UUGAAAUUGUCACUGACAUUUCAUAGUGAAAAUUCAUGAAAGUCACAGUGAAUAUUCACCGAGUGAAAAUUCAUGAAAUUUCACGAUUAAAUCCGACCAUUCCCGAAGAUUCACGAUGUGAUAUUCACCACCGAAAUUCACCAUCACCUCUUUCGCGCGGUGCGUCCAUUUUAGUAUUUCUCGCGCUUCAGUGUGUGAAAUUGUGAUUCCAUUGCAUUCGAUAUAAUGAAGCCCCGUGGAAGAGUUUGGGGUCACUUUACAUCUGAAGGGGGCACCAAGAAGCAGAAGUGUUCUUUCUGCGACUGGUGUAUCACCGGAAAUGCCUUUCGCAUGAAAGAACACUUGCUGCUGAGGUGCCCCAACGUACCUCCAGAGGUGAAACAAGCUUUUGAUGAAGGUAAGAAAACCUACAAAUACUUUCCAAGACGGUAAGAAAAUCUGCAAUAAUCUAAAUAUUUUUAUUGUUUCCAUUACAGAUACAAAAGCGUCACCGAAAUCUGGAGGUACAAGCAAAAAAUCCCCGGCGGAAAAGCAGCAGGCGUCGGCAAGGGUGGCUAUUUCCGGGGUACAAAAGGUGAGUGUUUUUUUUUAACUUCCUACUUCACUGGCAAGACGGGCAAAAGGUGAAAUUUAUCCAUCAGAUGUUUCCGGAACUCCGUAAACAUCCCAUUUUAUCGUAUUUGCCCGUUUUAUCAGUCAUUUCACGACGAUGAGCUAUCUGGAGAAUACUCUCAGUGCGCUUGAGUCGCUUGAGGGCUAAUGUGAGUGACAAUAGUUCCAAUUUCUGUAUGUUAGCUCCAAACGCUCCAAACAUAAAAUUUCUCCAAAGAAAUCCCUCCACAUAACCUCAUUUUUAGGUUUUAUUUAGCAGAGGAAAUAUAGAAGUAGAAGCUGUAGAAUUGAGCAGAAGAUUUGGUACAUGAACCAUCUUCCUGACAAUCACAUCCUAAUAGCAGGUAUCCUCUGUACAAUGUGCAUACAAUUACGUCUCAGCUAGUCUCAGUCUUGAGUAGGAAAUAGGAAAUCUCAAGAGGUUCAGGAAGGUAAAAAAUCAUUCGAAUCAGCAUUUAUGAGAACAUGGGGUUUCAACAAUGGGGAGCAACAACGACACACGUAAAGUGUUUGGUAGUUUGUCAUCAUGAAAGAAUAAAAUUUCUAUUUAUAGUUGAGAUUUUCCACCUGAUAGCGAAAUACAGCCCGGCUGAUGGAAUCCCUUUCCUUUCCCUGUUCGCGGGAAAUUUAGAUUUCCCGCCUCUCGCUCCAAGCAGCUUUUUACUGGUGGUAGUUUUGUUGCCCGCCGUGUGGGGGAUUGCCUGACAGAAGACACUAUCAGUCAGUCGCAAUAACAUGGCCUGGAAGUGUUCGGAUGGGGGCACAGAGCUGGGUCUCUGCCGGGCGAUAAGCUUUGGCCUCCCUGAGGAAUCUUUCAGAGUAGAAACCCGACAACAUAGUAGAUAUCAUUAGCCAUUUAGAUGACGAAUUUGCCAGAGCUGUAUAUGCUACAGCAUCUCCAUUUAUGCUAUCGGAAAACCAAUAUUUUAAAAAGUUCAUCCAGACAUUGAGGCCUGAAUACACACCACCAUCAAGGAAGCAAUUGUCGGGGACAUUGUUAGUCAAGGAGUAUAAAAGGAUUGAACAAAAUAUUAAUGAAAUAAUCACCAAAGCCUCUGUUUUGUCCAUCAUGUGCGACGGUUGGACAAAUGUGCGAAAUAAUGGAAUCAUCAAUAUAAUAAUUAUGACCCCAAAGCCAGUGUUUAUCACUUCCAUUGACACAACCACCAAUCCGCAUUCGGGCGAAUAUCUCGCGAAAAUAUUACUCGCUACAAUGGAGAAAUAUGGGACAGAAAAGUUUCAGGCAUUGGUAACCGACAAUGCGGCAGCGAACAAAAAAGCAUGGGCAAUACUUGAGGAAAAAGUACCAAACUUGCAAUGCUAUGGUUGCUUCGCCCAUUCGCUGAACUUAAUUUUGGGAGAUGUUCUCGAAUGUGCAAGAAUAAAAAAAAUUAUCCAAGAUGGAAAAGCAAUCGUCAAUGGUAUCAAUCUAAAACAAGUUUUAAAAGCUGAACUUAAUAAACGCAGUUCAGUCACUUUGAAACUACCGGUGAAAACCAGGUGGCUGAGCAUGGAGCAAUUUCUCAGCAGUUUGUUGGCAAACAAAAUUACCCUAAGAGAAAUGGCAAUACAAGAUAAGCUGAACCAAGCUCUUCAGAGUAUUGUUCUGGGCUCAGACUUCUGGGAUAAAAUUACUGAGCUGAAAAGCAUUAUCUGCAUUGUCACCACGCGUAUCCUUCAAUUUGAAGGAGACCGUGGCGACAUAAGUGAAUGCUACCCAUCAUUUAGAGAGAUGCUACGUGAACUGGAGAUGAUGGGCGAAUUGUCGUUUUUGGACGGAGAGAAAAACUACAUGAUGGAAGUGAUCGAAAAGCGAAAGAAGGUUGCGAUUAAGGCUAUUCACAAAGCCAGUUAUUUACUUAAUCCUAAAUAUUUAGGAAAAACCCUCUCCACUUCUGAUCGUUUCGAGGCCAUAAAUUUUAUGGCUUCACUUAGUACGAGUUGCAGUGAGGAGGAAAUAUUAAACGAUAUUUCAAAUUACGCGACGAAAAGCGGAGAGUACAAUGUUCCAAUAGUUUGGAAAUACAUUGAGACGAACAAGCAAAGCCCACUUCAAUGGUGGAUGGCUUUUUAUCCCGAAGCACCUUUAUGCCAAAUAGCUCAAAGGAUAUUACAAGUCCCACCAACGUCAUGCGUGUGCGAGAGAUCUUUUUCUCAGCAAAAAAAUGUGCACACAGUCAAGAGGAAUCGACUGGGCAGCGACACCGUUGACAAACUUAUGUUUGUUAAAAUGAAUUUGGCACUCACCGAGAAGAAAAUACAAAGUUCGCCGAGUACCUCACAAGCCUCACAAUCACAAGCCUCACAAUCACAAGCCUCACAAUCACAAGCCUCACAAUCACAAGCCUCACAAGAGGAGGACGAAUCAGAUUCAUUGGAAUCUGAUACUGAAACAGUAUCUGAUGUGGUAAUGAGCUUAGAUGAUGCAGUUAAUGAAUGUUAUGAUGAUUGCAUCGAAUAUGUAGAGGAAUCGGAAUAAGGACAAGAAAGAAAAUAGAUACACAAAAUCUGCGAGAAAAACUUAAUGUAUAUAGUGUAAGGUGGGAUGGGAAUAGAUCGUUUUCCGAAGAGUGCUGGUGCAAUAUUGAAAUGAGUGGAUUACAGUCAAGUGUGCUAAUCCGAGCACUCACCUAUUUAAUGGAUAAAAAAAAUAUUUUUAUCUUUUUCUCAAACUUGAAUAGUUAUAUUAUGUUACUAAUACUGAAAUAAAAUAAAUUCAGCUAACUC